CUUGGCUCCAGAAGGUCAUAUCUUGAGAGAACCUUUGUGGUGAAUGAUGCAUGUUUCCAGUGUAGUAAUAAUCUGUUGUUGCUGUGAUACCAAUAAACUCCCUUCCCUCACCCCCUUCUCUUACCUGAGACAAUAGGCAACCCCAAGGCUCCCUAAAUGGGAGAGAGCACUAUAGUAAAUAGAAGCUGAUUUUUUCAUAGGUGAGUGUUGGGACAGUACUGCAUUACAUCCACAUCCUCUGGUUUGAUUGUUCAGAUCCACCAUGGUAUUUGCUAUGUUGAUUUUGGACCUACAUGACUUAGUUUUGUCCAUUUUGUUUUAUUACUCCCUCAAUACAUCCCUAGCUCAAUGGCUUCCUGAGUACUGCUCUAAGGUAUAUUAGCUUCUUUGGUUUCUUCCCUCCUUAUUUUCCAUUUUUCUUGUCAUGUGCUGUGAUAAGUCAUGGGAGGUGUUGUCUUCAUGUGCUGAGGUAUGCUGUCCCUUUCAUGCCUUCCACAAGGCAGCAGAGAAUCUCCCCAGCUCCACUGCCCUGAAGAGCUGGCUGCCCCACACUGUCCCACGAGGUCUGCUUGCAUUGUGAUUGUGUUGAUGCGAAUGUGUACUGGACAGAAGCAUUUCUGAUAGUGCCAGCACAGUCUGCUGCAGCUUCAUCUCACAGUUCUUUUCACUUCAGAAACUACACCAUGGUAACUGACCCCAGGCUGCUUAAGGGAGAAACCUGCUUGUUUUUCUGGGGCCCUUUACAUCUCAGUCCUGUGUGCUCUGUUUCCGUUUGUACUGAUGGCCCCAGAACUGCUGAAGGAACUGUUUCUGUUACUGGAAGACUAUCUGGCUGUACAUCUGAUAGAUGGUGGUGGUUUGGUGUUAUGUUGGGCUGGAAGUUAUCUCUGCUCACCCUAGGAGACAGACUUCAUGAACAAGUGCGUGACACAAGGGUAUUAAAAUAAGAGAAGUUGUUCCCUUUGAAGCAAGGUAUAACAAUUAAGAUUUUGGUCAGUGAGUUGUCACUGUGGAUGUGGAGGGGUUUGAGGUGGCGGGGGGUUUCAGUGCCUCUUAGGAGCAAACUGAAAAUGUCCCUGAUCUAGCAGUUCUGAUUUGGAAUUUUUCUUUUCCCCAGGAGCAAUAGGGUCAAAAAGCAGGUACUGGGAGAAGCACCACAAUCCAUUCUGAUGUACCAAUUUGGAAAUGUCCAUCUCCAUUUCUGCAUGGCCCUUGCCUCCCUGUCUCUUGGCCCCAGAAGCUGAUACUGACAGACUGUUACUCAAUCUUUUCUUUGACUGCUUCUCUCUUUCUGUUCUCUGGCACUAGAGAUGUACUUGAUGGAUCCUGGCUGUAACACUGCCAUUGCAUCGUUGCUGCUGGGCAUGGGAAGAUCUGUUCUUUAUACAUUCUAGGAUCAGUGCAAGGAAGCACUGCAAUGGUUGUUUGCCUUUGCUUCCAGAGCUGCCCUUUGAAUACAGUGCAGCAAUCGGCAGUGGAAAAAGCACAGGACAGGGCAGCUUCGGGAUGCUGCAGGGGUCUGGGCACAGUUGGGCACAGGUCUUGGGUGGAAACAGUUUAGCUCCACAUCCACACAGGGUUAGGAAAUGACUUUAGGCAAAAAGUUGCAAUCAGAUACUUUUCUAUUCAGAAAAUUAUUUAGCCUUUUAAAUGUUAAGUCUUUAGCCAAAAUUCCUGUUUCUCCAUGACUAAUGAGAAAUUACAUAUAUAGCUACUUUAACUCAAUCUGAUAAUCAGAGCAGUUUUUCAUUGGUUCUUGAGAUUAUCUUUAAAAUCAGGUACAGUAAGCUCUGUUUUAUUAUGCCACUGCUGCUACUGGCUGAUCAUUAAACCAUACAGCUUAAACUAUCAAGGGACAGAAGCAGGGUGAAAAGUGACAUUUCUUUUGAGCUGAUACUAUCUGGAAUGGGAGGAGUUGUGCGGCAGCUGGGCCUCCAGCUGUGCAUUGCUGCUGUGCUGUUCUUUGGUGGAGGAAGAGGAAGAGAGCUCUCUGGCAGCCUGAGCUGCCUGAAUAACUACGUGACUACUGUGAGCUGCAUAUGGGUAACAGAGAAGCCCAUGGGUGAUGGACCUUUCCACCUGCAUUUCACCAACCUCUGGUCAAAGGGCCACAAUGCCAGCUGCAAACUGACUGCCACAGAGAGCAUGCAGAAUCAGUACCACUGCACAAUUCAUUUAGCCAGCCAGAUCUUGGAAACAGAUGGUUAUAGAGUCUCUCUCCAAGGAAACUUCUUUGGAUGUAAUCAGACAUACAUAACCUUUCCAGAGUACAAUCCUCGCAAGCACAUAAAACUUGAUCCACCUUUGAACAUCCAGAGCAAUGCCACUGCCAGCAAGUGCCAGAUAUGGUGGAGUGUGUGGAAUGUGCCUUGGUACCUCGCUGAAAUUCUCCAAUAUGAGUUGCAGUAUAAGGAGUACAGCAUGUCCUGGGAGGUUGCAUUGAACAAGACACUACCCAGUUCACUGCCACAAGUAGAAAUUGAAGCCACAGAGCUCCACAUUGGCAUUGCUUAUGCUGCAAGAGUUCGCUGCAAAGUUUCUGAAAAUGAGAAUUCAUACCACAGUCAAUGGAGUGAGUGGAGCCAGACGACAGUGUUUCAAAAAGCAGACGUCCCAAAAGUCUCUGAAAAUAUUCUAAAUAUCAAAACUAUGCAGUACUUAUUCAUUCCUCUGAGUUUUGGCACUCUACUCUAUUUAUUCUGGAACUGCAAACUUUCCUCAAGGGCAAAAAGCCUCAUCUGCUUUAACAUUCCCACGCCAGCUGCUUUCUUUCAGCCACUCUAUAGUUUGCACAAUGGGAAUUUUAAGGACUGGGUUGGACUGAAUGAGGCUUGUAGCCAACUUGAAAGAGAAGAGACCAGCAACUCAAGCAAAGUGAAUGCAGAUAGUAUUUCUGAUCUAAACAUCCAGGAGCUGAUUUCCCAAAUCUCAUUGAAACCUACAGGAAGCACAGAUGUGGUUACUGCAGAAGAAAACUUUGCAUUUGCCUCAGGUCCAAGCCAGCAGUAUGUCCCCAGCAGGUACAUAAGAGCAGAAGAGAUAGAGAUGAGGCCGGGACUAUUGUUUGCACCAAACUAUGCUGAUGAUACCAUUGGCCCGAAAAUCUCUGAAAUAAUUAAAGACAACCUUGAGAGCCCUAGUGUUGGAAGGAAUUAUCCCUCUCACUCACAGCAUGGAAAGGGUGACUUUCUUAUUCUUCGAGAAUCUUUGGGGAUAAAAGAUGUGUCCUUCAGUGGCAGUGACUAUUGUACUUUGUGUGACAAUGAUACCACAGGAGGUUUGAUUUCUGCUGAACUACUGAAGCUUUCUAAUGGCAGUAGUCAUGUUAAACAUCAGAAAGAUCAGUGACCUUCCCUGAGGAAUACUGCCUACAAAGUUCCUUGUGCUCUCCUAUCACCACCCAACACUGUUCUCCCAAGUGGCACAAAUGGUGACUGUGCAGACAGUUUCAAAUAUGAAACACAUCUUCAAGUUCUUAACUUCAGAAGUAGAUUGUGACUAAGUCCCUUGUCUAGCAAAUACUGCCCCUACAGGCAUUCCCUAAAUUAACCUCUUGGCUGCAAGAUCCACUAACCCUCUUGUCUAAGGAGGUAGCAGGGACCUGCUGCUUUCCUCAGGAAGAAUUAUUAUAGUUGUGUGCCUCUUGGAAGCAGCAGUAUUUUCAAUGUGAUGAACCAGGAUUUAAACUCCAUAAUUUUGUAAAAAAAUAUGCAUGAUUUUUCACAAAAUCAUGAGAAACUAUUUUUGCUUAAGAAAGUAAUUCUGCUUCUUAACAUGAUAUUGAUGAAUUAAAGGGAUUCCUGAUUUGAUCAGAA